AUGACAUUUUUUGGUCACCUGAGAGCUCUGUGCUUCAAAAACUGGCUGAUUUGGAAAAGAGAAUGAGUUGGGUCCACACUUUAUGUUUAAAAUUUUUCGGAUUUAUUAUACAAAUGGUUUUUUGCCAAUCAAUAAUAUAAUGUAAAAUUUUCUAAAUAGUUCUCAGAAAAUGUCUCUGACUCCCUCCCCUUUAAAUUGAACUAAAAAUUUGUUCCAAUUUAAAGGGGGUUUAAAUUUUUUUAAAAAAAAAUCAAUAUAAAAUUUUUUUAUAAAAACAAAAAUUUCAAAAACUUAUCGAGUUAGAUUAAUAAAUUUGUUUAAUAAAAUGCUAUUUACUCUUUAUCCUUUAAAACAAAGCAAGAUAUAACUAAAUUUUCAUUAUUAGUUAAUACGCCACUAUUAAUUGGCAUCAAAAUUAUUUACACAAAAAUUAUUAUUUUUAUUGAUAAAAAAAAAUUAAAAAACAAAAAAAUUUUAGAAAAUUUAUCAUCAAAGUGCUAAUUUUGUUUAAAUAAGAUGUUAUUUAUACUCUAUUCUAUAAAAUAAAGCAAGAAAUAAGUAAAUUUUGAAAUUUUAUAAAGAAUUCCUAUUGAAUUUAUAUCAAAACUAUCCGAAUAAAAAAUAUCAUUUUUAUCAAAAAAAAAUAAUGAAAAAUUUUUAAAACAAAAAAUUAAAUUUUGUUUUAAAAUUUAGCAACUAAGGAUAAUAAAUUUAUUUAAAUAAGAUGCUCUUUAUACUUUCUUCUUUAAACAAGAGCAAGAUAUAACUAAAUUUUUAAUUUUAGUUAAGAAGAAACAUUUAACUUAUAUCAAAACUUUUUAGAUAAAAAUUAUAUAUAAUUUUUUAUUAUAAAAUUAAAUUUUGUUCCAAUUUAAAGGGGGGUUAAUUUACCCAAAAAAGUGGAAAUUUUACCGAUAUUUUGUUCCAAUUUAAAGGGGGGGGGAGUGAGAAAAAUCAUGCAGCCGUUGGGUCUGCUUGUGAAAUUUUCUUUCCAGUAUUUAUCAUGCUUUUCAUGCUUUUAUUGAGAUAUUCUCUUCCAGCAGAGCAUAAGCCAGCAAAAUCUCAUCUAGAUGAUGGACAGAUCAUAGCUCCAUCAUGAAGUAUGAAUGAGUCCCUCUAUUUUAACAAAAACUUGACUAAAUCAGAUGAUACAUGGCCAUUUGCAUGAUGCCAAGUAAAUAUUCAGUAUUGUAUAUCAUAUUUUUUGCUUAUUGGCACUCCAUGCCAAAAUUAUAUAUUAUUAUAAACUAUUAUCAUCCUUAUUGGGCUAGUUUUUUUUAAAUCUAUCCCUAUUUCCAAUAAUAUCACCAAUCAAUUUCCAAUCUUUUUAUUUAUAAUUCCUAAUUCCAAUCUAUCUUUUCAUCAACUAUCUGCCCAAAUUAAAUUCAUCAAAAAUAUAAUUUUGGCAGCAAAAAACAGUGGCAAUUAUAUCAUUUCACAUGGGGAAUUAUAGGGAAUAAAACUUCUCCAGGUCUUAGCAAAUAUUUAACAGAACAAAUAGGUAGCUAUUUUCCUUAUACAGAUUAUAAGGGUCCAAUGUAUUUUGAUACCACAGACGAUAUGGAAGAUUAUGUCACAGAUUCAGACUAUGACGAUAAAGGGCGUGAAAAAAUAUGUUUCGCUGUAGACUUAAGCAAACAGAAAGAUGAUAACCACAAGGUCUAUUUACGGUUUAAUCUCACAGAUAUAUUGCCAGACGAACAGACUGUAUACGGAAAAUGAUAUUCUAUUCCAAUAAAUCCAUUUUAAGGUAAAAAUAAUAUAAAAUUUGUCCAUAAUUGCCUUAAUCAGCUUACCUUAUUUUUUUGACAAGUCUUAUACCGCCUGUAAAUAAAUUCCAAAAAGAAGUAAAACUCGAACACCAGCACAAUUUUAUAUACAGCGGCUUCUUUUCUAUCCAAAACAUGAUUUACAACUACUAUCUCACCAAUAAAACUGAAAACCCAGACGCCUACCUCCAAUUCGGAUUCGUCCCAAUGUAUCAGCAAAAAUUCGUAAAAGACAAUUUCAUGAUCGGGUUCGCCAUGACCCUCGGGUUUUUUAUGUUUAUUACCUCGUUAGUGCCUGUUUCGAGGCUAAUUAAUAAGAUUACAAUAGAAAAAGAAACAAAAGUCAAAGAAGCUAUGAAAAUGAUGGGCUUAAAUGACGCGCCUUAUUGAUUAUCGUGGUAUAUUAUGUAUAUGCUUAUAUAUACAGUCAUAAGUGGCUUACUUACUCUUAUUGGCUGGGAUAUUUUUUCUGGCUCCCAAGCGAUAGUUUUCUUGAUUUUGCUUUUGUAUGGGACGUCUUGUAUAGCGUUUAGCAGCUUGAUUAGCUCAUUUUUUUCAAAAGCGAAGACUGGGAUUUUAGUAGGCGUUUUGGCUUAUUUUGCGUCAUAUUUUACGAUUUUUGCUGUGACUGAUACAACGCCAGCGUCAACGAAAAAUGGGCUGUCGAUUUUUAACACAAUCGCGAUGACACAAGGGUUUUAUGUGUUGCUUAGCUUGAAAGGAAACCAAAUUGAUUCGACUAUAUCAAAUCUUGACAUUGAGUAUGAAUAUUACUUACUUACUUACUUACUUACUUAGGUUUUUGAAGUGUCUUCCUUCUUCCGCAGGAUGAUUUAGGCAUGCAUAAGCCCAUCCUUUUAAAUCCCAACUAGUGACGUCAGCAGCGAUCCUCCCUAUAUGUAGGCAUUCCAGAAGACUCCACUUGUCAGGCCAGAAGGUCCGCACUGGCCGCGUUGACCUCGCCCGAACUUGACUCCUGCGCGUGUUCCGCCUAAGGGUCACCCUCCUCUGGUGUGUCAAGCAGAAAAAAACAGGUGCUCCUAGUAUCCUGGACCAAAGAAAUACCCUAUGCGGUAUUCCAUAUUGGUGUUGCGGAUAAAGGUCCACGUGGAAAACUGAACCCCAUAAUAAUAAAACGAAAGGAAGGAAUAGUUCUCGGAGAGAACUAAUUCCGCACUAAGCCAUUUUAUUAUUAUGAGUAUGAAUAUUACAAGGUAGAAACCUGCAUUAUUAUGCUAUUUGUCGAUACAAUUUUAUAUUCACUUUUAUACUUUUAUAUUAGUAUUAGGACAUUUUUACUUUAUUAUUGAUUGGCAAAAAAUUUAUAUAUAAAAAUAUAGCAUUUUAUUUUGGUAAAAUUGUCCCUUCUCAGUAUGGUGUAAGCUUGCCUUGGUAUUUUCCUUUUACAAAGUCCUUUUGGCUAGGCAGGACAAGCAAUGACAAUAAAUUAGAUGAAAAAGCUAAAGAAUUUAUAAAUGAUGAAGAAGAAAAAAGACGUGAAGAAAUGAGACAAAAUAAAAAUAUAGAAGAUCCAGACCCAUUGCUGCUUAAACAGAUAGAAGCUAAUCAAGCUAUGACUGUGAGAGGGCUGAGAAAACACUUUGGUGAUAAAAUCGCUGUAGAUGGACUUGAUCUUGACAUAUUUAGAAACCAAAUUUUUGCAUUGCUAGGACAUAAUGGUGCAGGGAAGACGACUACAUUGUCAAUGCUGACUGGACUAUUAAAGCCAACUGGAGGCAAUAUGACUGUUGAUGGGCUUGACUUUAGGACUGAUAUGCCAGAAAUAAGAAAGCGCCUUGGUGUAUGUCCGCAGCAUGACGUUUUAUUUAAAAAUCUGACUGUUUAUGAGCACUUAUACAUGUUUUGCAGAUUUAAAGGCCUCACAGACUCCCAAGCAAUAAAUUCUAAUAUCGAUGAAAUUCUGAAAGAAAUAAAUUUAGAAGACAAAAAAUUCGUAAGGUCAGAAAACUUGUCAGGUGGCCAAAAACGAAAAUUGUCAUUAUCAAUAGCCUUGAUAGGCGGAUCGUCUAUAGUAAUGCUUGAUGAGCCUACGUCAGGGAUGGAUUUGACAGCAAGAAGAAGGGUUUGGGAUAUGCUGAGAAAUGACAAGCAUGGAAGAAUUAUUAUUCUGACGACGCAUUAUAUGGAAGAAGCUGAUAUUUUGGCUGAUAGGAUUGCAAUUAUGUCAGAAGGGAAGCUGCAUUGCUUAGGAUCUCCUUUGUUUCUUAAGAAUAGGUUUGGAGUUGGGUAUAAUUUGACGAUAGUUAAACAGAUAUCAGCAAGUGGAAAAGAAUAUUCUCAAGCUAUAACAGAUUUAAUCUCCCUCAACAAAAUCUGCUUUUUUUAAAAAAAUAUCAAAAUAAUAGUUUUAUUCGGUUUUAAUUUUUCCAGUUUAUCAAUUCUUGCUCUUUAAAAUAGUUAUAAGAUAUCUAUAGAUUUUCGAAUAAAUAUUUUUUGGUUGAAAAUUUUAUUCAAUUUAAAGUGGUUAAUUUACUAAGAAAGGAGAUUUUACUGAUAUUUUGUUAGGGGUAAUUAGUAAAAAAAUACAUCCCUAAAGCAGAAACUUUAUCUGAUGUCUCCGCUGAAUGCACAUACCAAAUCCCUCUAUCAGAAUCUGUUUAUUUUAGUAGCUUUUUCAAAGAACUUGAUAGACAGAUGGCUAAUCUUAAAAUUGAAGCAUAUGGAAUAUCUGUUACUACACUAGAAGAAGUGUUCUUAAGAGUAGCUAGAGGAGAUAACGAUUUUUCACCUGAAAAAGUCAGAACUGCAAGCUUAGAGCAUGAAGACAAAUUCAUCCAAAAAGAAGAUGAUACUGCCACGCUAGGGGAAGCAGAAGAGAUGGUAUUCGAAAACAAAAGAGCAAAAACCUUUAAUAUCGCAAAAGACCAUGACAAAGGCAUGCUAUUUAUGUCUCACUUUUUAGCGCUGACACAAAAACGAAUUAUUUAUUCUUGGAGAGAUUACAAAGGGUUUAUUUUAGAAAUUCUUUUGCCUAUUUUAUGCGUCAUAUUUGGGCUAGCCUUACUGACACAGUUUAGUAUUUUGAAUAAUCAAAAAUCAUGAAAAGAAGGUUUAUUGAUUUUUUAAUCAAAAAAUUUAUUUUUUAUGUAAAUAAAUUUUGGCUAAAUUUAAUUAAUGCCAAAAGAAGACCUCAAUAAAUUUGAUAAGCCUCAAAAAGUAUUUUAUAAUCCCCAGCCUUAUCUAAACCCAUCAGCUGCAGGAGCUUCCGACAUCAAAUUCAUUAUGAACAGAGCAGUUGACAAUACAAAUGGCCGAAUUAAACUAACAGAGUAUCAAGGAUCAUUAGAAGAUUUUGAUUAUAACAUCUAUAAACAAAGGACAAACAACCCAUUUCGGCUUGGCUCCUACUAUUUUUAUGAAGCCGACCCAGUAAAGCACGCUUACAGUGUUGUUAUUUUCCAUAACACAACAGCUUUGCAAGGUGCCCCUACAUUUGCUGCCACAAUCGGCCAAGCAUUUUUACAAAACAUCUAUAAUGACGAUAAUUUCAAAAUUCCUAUUUACAACUACCCAUUACCGCUCUCCCACAAGCAGCAAAACCUAGCUAGGAACGCUGGGACAUUUUACGUUUCUAUGAUUUUUGCCAUCGGAGUUUCCUUUAUCCCUACAGGACUUAUCACUUUUAUAGUAAAAGAGCGUGAAAACAAUAUAAAACAUCAGCAUUUGGUAAGCGGGGUCUCAAUCCCUGCAUAUUGGCUUUCUUCUUAUGCGUGGGAUUUAUCUAAAUUUAUGAUCCCUGGUAUAAUUUCAGUAUUAAUGAUCAAAGCUUUUGGCUUAAAAAGCCUCGUAGAGUCUGAUGACGUAUAUGGGGCGACAUGAGGCUUAUUCCUUCUCUAUGGAGUUGCUAUAUGUCCAUUUACUUAUGCUUGCAGUUUUGUAUAUAAAAGCUACUCCAUCGCUCAAUUUUUUACCUUUAUUUACCACCUCAUCACAGGGGCAAUUUUUGCUACUUUAACUUGGACGCUACGCAUUAUAUCUGAGACAACGAGAGACAUUUCUGACGUCUUAGAAUGGCCUUUCCGCAUUUUUUCACCCACUUUUUGUUUUUCUUUUGGAAUUAUGAAUAUUUCUAAUAGAGAAGCUUAUCAGUCAGCUUAUAAAGAAUCUAAUAUAAGAGGUCCAUUAGACUGACAGAUCGCUGGAGCUGACAUUUGUUUUUUAUGUUUACAUGCAGUGGUAAGCUUGAUUAUGAUUUUUGUAAUAGAAUGGGCAAGCACUGUUCAAUGGUUCAGAAAAAUAGGCUCUGCAAGAGAUCCAGGAGAAAAUGAAUAUAAACAAGAUGAUGACGUAGAAAGGGUUAAGAAAGAAGCGGCCGAGACAGACGCAAAUAGUGUCGCUGUAAAGGUGGCAGGGCUGAGAAAAGUAUAUGGAAACUUUUUUAAUAAAACACAAGUAAAAAUAGCUAUCCAAGAAAUUUCUUUUGUGGUGCCUUUUCAGGAGUGUUUUGCGUUAUUAGGAGUUAAUGGGGCUGGAAAAACUAGCACGUUUAGGAUUUUGACUGGGGAGUAUGGACCAACUAAAGGUGAAGCUUAUAUUAAUGCGUAUAAUGUCAUCACACAUUUAUCAGAAGCUAGGUAUAAUAUAGGGUAUUGCCCUCAAUUUGACGCUUUAACUGAUCUACUUACCCCUACAGAGCAUUUAAUUUUAUAUGCAAAAAUCAAAGGGAUCCCUAAAGAUCUAAUCAAAUAUUUUGUAGAAAAACAGCUAAAAGAUAUGAACCUUGAAAAAUACGCCAAAGUCAGGGCAGGAAUCUUAGUGGCGGGAACAAGCGAAAACUCUCAGUUGCAGUAG